AGACAGACUCAACAAGGUCAAUAAAAAUAAACUCCAACUGUGUAAAGAACAAGUGAAAUAUUUGGGUCAUAAUUUAAGUGCAGGAGGGCGGACCAUAAUGGAGGAUAGAAAAACAACAAUUCUCCAAGCACCUAAACCACAAACAAAAGAAACCAGAUGAUGUCUUUUCUGGGGUUAACUAACUAUUGUCGAAACUGGGUGCCUAAUUAUGCAGAAAUUGUGGCUCCUUUAAACAAACUAAUGUAUGAAAAAGAUCUGAAAAUGUCUUCCUCUGUGGAAUGGACAGAGGAAGCAGAAAUAGCAUUUUUGUGAAAUAAAGCAGGCCCUUGUGUCAAGUGCUGCGCUUGCUUUACCGGACUAUACAAAACCUUUUGUCCAGAUGGUGGAUUGUAAAGGUCAUUUUAUGACCUCGGUACUAGUUCAACAACAUGGUGAUAAAAUGAGACCGGUAGCAUAUUUCUCUCCCAAGCUCGAUAGUGUGGCGUGUGCCUUGCCUCACUGUGUGAGAGCUGUGAUUGCUGCCUCUAUGGCAGUAGAAGUUAGUGCUCCUAUUGUACUGUUUCAUCCGUUAACAUUAAAAGUACCACAUGCAGUUUCAGCACUAUUAUUGCAGACAAAUAUGACUUUCUUAUCACCUGCUAGGCAUCUUUCAUGUAUGUCCACACUUUUAUCUCAACCUCAUCUGACUAUUGAAAGAUGCACAGUUUUAAAUCCUGCAACUUUGUUACCUCUUUCAGAUGAUGGUACAAAGCAUGAUUGUCAGGAAAUGGCAGAACAAACAGCAAAGAGUAGAAAUUAUUUAAAAGAUCUACCAUUAGAUCAAGGUGAAAUACUUUUUGUUGAUGGUUCCUCAAAGAAAAAUGAACAAGGAAAAACUCAAACCGGGUAUGCAGUAAUAACUGACAAAAUAGUGUUGAAAGCUGAAAAACUUCCCUCACACUACUCAGCUCAGGCUGCAGAAUUGAUAGCACUAACCACGGCUUGCAAACUAAUGAAAGAUAAAAAAGUGACAAUUUACACCAAUAGUCAAUAUGCAUUUGCAACAGUCCACACGUUUGCACAGUACUGGAAAAAUGGAGGUAUGAUAACUUCUACAGGAAAACCAGUAACUCAUGCAGAACUAUUAAAAGAUUUACUACAAGCUGUGCAGCUACCAAAACAACUAGCAAUCUGUAAAUGUGCUGCACACACCACAGGGAAAGAUAAAGUGUCUGGAAUGCCUUCGCUGACAAAAUGGAAAAAAAAAAAAAAAAAGGCAGUGGAGGGACAAAUAAAUGUCUUACAUAUGGAAGAAAAAUCAAACUUAUGAAAAAAGAUCCUAAAAGACAUGCAAAAAUUAAGUCCUAAAAAUGAAAAACAUUCUUGGAUAAAAAGUGGAGCAAAAAUAGAAGAUGAAAUCUAUAAGUGACCUGCAAACAAGAUCCUACCAAAAAACUUGUAUAACUGGGCUGCAAUAUUGAGCCAUGGCGUUUUGCAUGUCUCAACAGGGGGAUGGUAGGACAGAUACAUCAACAUUACACUACUUAUGGAUUUACUUCUUAUUAAAAAAAAAAGAAAAAAAUUGUAGAGCCUGUUUAAUUUGCACUAAACACAACCAUAAUUAAUAAAAAAUAAAAAAAGGGUACAUUUAAUACAUUGCAAAAAGGUCAUUUCAUUUCAAAAGUAGCUAAAAGAAAAAAAAAGAAAAAAGAAAAAAAGAAGACAAGCUUGGGACGCUCGCCGACCUGCAGGGCAAAGCCCAGGUAAACAGGGGACUAAACUAAAUAGAGGUUUAGCCGUCUGAAACUGGUGAAGAUUGUCCACAACCCUGUCAUGUCUUUAGGAGCUGAACAAUUUAGCAAAAUGACAAAUUAAUGUAUUGUUUUUGUUUUUAUUGUUUUUGGUUUUUGCUAUGUUUUCAUGUGGAGAAACUUUAUGCAAGGAAGAACUCUUGUAGCACUACUCAUGGAAUGAGAGUAGGGAUUCAAGUGUGUAUUCCAUCUCGUUCUACUUUCAAGAAUACUGUUGUAAAAAUUUAAUCUCCUGCAGUCUGUCAGAUUGUUUACUUUAUACGGUGGCCCUGAGGUGCAAAACACUUCAUCAAAAACACAACAACAUUAACAAAGGACAAUUACAAAUUCAAAAACACAACAUUAACUAAGUACAAUUACAAAUUCUAAAACAUAACAUUUAUAAGUGCCAGUUUAAUACUGCACUUGUUAAGCCUUGAUCCGUUGCUGCUUUGUUAUGACGCGCUGAGCGGCUAACGUUGUACCUGUUGACAGCGUGUAAAGUCAAUCCGAUUCUUGUUGUCCAAAUUUGUUCCAAUCAGAUGAACCAUUUGUGAACAAAUUCCAUUUAUUCCACAAUACACGAGAACAGUGUUAACAAAGACUCCGCCACAGCGGUCAAAAACUUGUAUGCCCUUCCGGGUUCAACACCUGUCGACUACCUGUGAUCUCUUGGUUCAUAUACUGGAGCCGACAGCGCCAUCUAGUGACCAAAUCCAAAAAUACACAUAUUUGGCUCCAACACACCGGCCCCUAAUUGGCACAAUAAACAAAUAUGCCAAUUCCCAAAACAAUAAUACAGGAGACAAUAUGUGACAUUAACAUUAAUUUAAACACCAUACACCAUGCAAAGUUUGGAAAUCGGUCUCUCAAUAAUAUUGGACUUAGUUUUCAACUUCACUGACCUCACAAAACCAUGAUUAUCUGGAAACACUUC